AUGCCCGGUUCUUGUGUUAACAACCAGGUUGGUAAUCAGCCAGCUCCGCUACAUUCUACCGGGAUCUCUAAUCCCAAUCUCCCAGACGACGAGGCCCCCUUCGACGCCUCUCCAAGAUCUACUACUUCUACUAACGACGCCAACCGUCACUCAACUCGGCUGGCCAACCUCCCUGCAGCCCCUGGGCUCGACUUCCCUACAAGCAGAGCUACCAAGGGCAAAGAUUCUAAUUCAAGCUCCUGCUCGAAGAUUCCAAGACCCCCGACCCCUAGGGAACUUGCACUCCCCAAGGGAACUGAUGUACAACUUCGAGCUGAAAUCGACGCCCUCCACGGCGACAUCCAAGCUACUGUCGACCGAUUCGCGUCGGUUGACGAAAGAUUCGACUACAUCGAGCACGAGAUCGGUACUUUGACUACUACGGUCAACUCCCUUUCGUCGGAUGUCACCCUCAUGAUCGACAAGCUUAACGACGUUCUCGACAAGAAGCCAGACUCGACUUUGUGUCCCCCCUCUACUGUGGUAGUCCCUCCGCCUUCAGAGAAAUCCCGCCUCGAGCUACCCAAGGAAGCCAUUGAUGCCCUAUUCUUUCGUGGCCAAAGCUUCCAGAACAAGGUGGAUAAGUGCUGUGCAGCAUGCAACAAUGCUCCUACGGUUGAAG